AUGCCCAUAAUUAACGUGCCCCACCAUCCAUCAACCUCAAUCUCCUCACCAACCAACCAAAAAUAUCACACUAUGGCUAAGUUUCGCUUAUUGGACCUUGUGAAGCCAUUCCAACAUGGACUUCCGGAAAUCGAAAACCCGGUGUCCAAGGCUCACUUGUCGUUCGACGAUAGAAUGCUUUAUUCCAUCGGGAUCGCGAUCUUCUUUGUGUUCUCUCAACUCCCAAUUUACAGUGUUACUUCUGUCAACUCCGACCCUUUCUACCAGUUCAGACCAUUGUUUGCUGCCGAACGUGGCACCUUGGACGAAUUUGGGUUAUUACCAAUUAUUACUGCCGGGUUCUUCUGGCAGUUCUUAUCAGGAUUUAGACUCAUCAAUGUUAAUUUCAACGUGAAGUCCGAUAGAGGAUACUUCCAAAGUUUGCAAAAGUUGACUGCCAUCUUCUUGGGUGGGGUCUAUGCUUUUGCUUUGGUGUUCUUGACUGACUAUUACAACCCAACCUCUAAGUUUGCCGGUGCUAUUGAUUACAACAUCAGCAGCACCACCGCCGACGCAGUUGUUAACGUUUCUUCUAACAUUGGUGAAAAAUUCUUAAUCUGGUUCCAAUUGUUUGUUUACAACUUUUUGUUGACCAUGAUUGUGGAAAUUCUCGAUAAGGAUUACGGUUUCACUUCCGGGUCCUUAUUUUUGAUCGGGGCUAAUGUCAGCGUCACCUUCAUGACCGGUGUCAUCGACUUCACUACUAUUAAGACUGGUAAGGGUUACGAAUACAGAGGUGUUUUCAUUCAAUUGUUUAUCAUCGUCAAAAACGCCUUUGGCAGUUUAUUUUCUAGCUCUAGCAAGUCCAACUUCUUUUACGAAAUUGUCCAUUUGUUCAACAGAUCAUCUUUGGUUAACUUGAAGCAAGUUUUGUUUGGCGUCAUUGCUGCUACUUUGCUUUUCUACUUGCAAGCCUUCCACCAAGCUGUCCCAAUCAAAUCCAAGCAAAUCAAGACUCAAGCUCAAUCUUACCCAGUCAAGUUGUUCUUCAACGGUGCUUUGCCAAUAAUAUUUGCCUAUUCCGUGUUGUUCAACUUGAAGAUCUUUAGUUAUGUUUCUUAUAAGUUCUUGAACUUCACCACCUUGGGUAGCUCUUUGAUCGCUAUUGUUAUUGCUCAAUUUGAAUCUUCUUCCAGCUUGGUCCAAUCCAUAAUAAAGUUGAUUGUCGGUGAAUUUUCCUCAGACUCUUUCAACCCAACAUUCUCUAAAGCUUACCAAACCUCUGGUAUUGCUUCUUAUUUCCAGGCACCAACUUCCUUCACUGGUGCUAUCUUGAACCCAAUCAACACUGUUGUUUACAGCGCCUCUUUAGCUGGUUUGAUCAUGUUUUUUGCUCUUUCUUGGACUAAGAUGUCUGGUUCUUCAGGUAAGGACGUUGCUGACUUCUUCAGCAAACAAAACAUCACCAUUUUGGGUAAGAGAGAUGCUAACGUUGCCCAUUAUUUCAAUAAGAUCAUCAACAAUGCCUGCAUUUCUGGUGGUUUGAUUUUGGCUGCCCUUGCUGUCAUCUUUGACUUUUUGGGAUGCCAAGGUUUGCCAACUGCUCUUGUUGUCUCUAUUUUGAUCAUCUUCAACUUUUUGGAAUCUUUCUUCACCGAAUUGCAGCAGUCUGGUGGUAGCAGUUUGUACAACACUGCUUUUGGUGGUCAAGACAAACUUUUUGGACAAUAA